AUGAACAAAAUGAUCACAAGCUUGUUUCUUUAUUCCUUGUUGGUGCAUGCAACGGUUGCCCAACAAGUUCCACUUCCAAAACCACCUUUGAGAAAGUGGACAACCUUAAGCGGGAAUGAACCUCUUGUAGUAUCCCGCGGAGGGUUCUCGGGUCUGUUCCCAGAAGGCACACCAAAUGCAUUGGCAUUUGCAAAGGACACCACCAUCUUGUGCAAUCUUCAACUGACAAAAGAUGGUGGUGCCUUUUGUGUCACCGGCACCACGCUUGACAAAUCAACAAAUAUAAAUGUUUUCGAUCCGAAUAAGACAAGAACCUACAAUAUCAAUGGCAAGAAUGUGGAAGGAUACUUUGCUGUCGAUUACACUGCAAAAGAUAUUGACGAGAAUGUGUUUAUGGUUCAGUCCAUUUAUACUAGACCUGAUUUUUAUGACCAAUCCCUCCCAGUUCUUAAUGUUGAUGCUGUCCUAGGCGACCAGUCCCCACCCAAGUUUUGGUUGAAUGCUCAGUAUGAAGCGUUUUACACUCAGAAAGGUGUGAAGUUUGUGGAUAGGGUUGUUGAAUUGGUGACCCAGUAUCAGAUAAACUAUGUUUCUUCUCCAGAGAUUGGUUUCUUAAAGAGCAUCAACGGGAAAGUGAGCAAGACAACUAAGAUCAUAUUUCAGCUUCUGGGUGCAAAUGAGGUUGAACCCACAACAAAGCAGCCAUAUGGUACCAUUGUGAAGGAUCUUUUGGCAAUUAAGUCAUAUGCCUCAGCCAUAAUGGUUCCAAAGGAGUACAUAUGGCCGGUUAAGCCAGACAAUUAUCUUGGGCUUCCCACAAAACUUGUAUCUGAUGCACAUAAAUUAGGACUAGAAGUAUAUGCUUCUGGUUUUGCUAAUGACUUCACCUUAAGUUAUAAUUACAGUUACGAUCCUACUGCUGAGUACAUGCAAUUCACAGACAAGGGGGAUUCUGUUGAUGGUGUUGUCACUGAUUUCCCAACAACAGCAUCGAAUGCCAUCGCAUGCUUUGCAAACAACCAAAGCUUGCCAAAAAAAGGACCAACUCUGAUCAUAAGCAACAACGGAGCAAGCAGUGUUUAUCCGGGUAGCACUGAUCUUGCAUAUCAACAAGCAAUAGAUGAUGGUUCUGACAUUAUAGAUUGCUCGGUUCAAAUGUCAAAAGAUGGAACAGCCUUCUGCUCCGGCGCUGCAGACCUGAUACAAGAAACAACUGCAGUGACAAAGUUUAUGCCUCGAACUUCCACCAUCCCAGAAGUUCAAGCAAAAAGUGGAAUUUUCUCCUUUGACCUUACAUGGAGCGAGAUUCAGACCUUAAAACGUAAAUUCCUUUGCAACUUGAUAAUAACUUUCCACAAGAUCUGAACAAUGAAGAACUUAAAGUAUAAAUUUAUCAUUUCAGCUCAAAUCUAUAAUGCUGAAGGCCCAGAUUUCCCAAGAAACCCAGCAGAGAAGAACAGCGGUAAAUUCGUCACCCUGGCUGAAUUUUUGGAAUUGGCCAAGACAAAGGCAGUUCCUGGCAUUUUGAUAAACAUACAGAACGCCGCCUACCUUGCAUCAAAUAGAAGCCUUGACAUUGUGGGAGCCGUCAGCAGUGCUUUGAGUAACGCUAGCUUUGAUAAGGAAUCCACAAAGCAAGUGUUGAUCCAAUCAGAUGACAGCCAAGUGUUAACCAAGUUUAAGGAUAUCCCAUCCUACAAAAGAGUGUUGUUAGUUGAUGACAGAAUAGGUGACAUUCCAAGGCCAACAGCCGAUGAAAUUAAGAAGUACGCUGAUGCGGUGAAUCUUGUGAAAAGCGCUGUUUUUAGUGUUGAGGGAGGAGGUUCAUUGUUAGAAGGAAUGACUAACGUUGUCCGGGAAUUGAAAGAUGCAAACCUCACAGUAUUCGUUCAUAAUCUCAAAAACGAAUUCAUAACCUUGGCAUUUGACUUCUGGUCUGAUCCUAAUAUAGCCAUGGCUACUUUUAUCCAAAAUGCUAAGGUCGACGGCAUUGUAACCGAUUUUCCUGCCACUGCAAGUAGAUAUAUGAGAAGCCCAUGUAGCGAUCCAAACCAUGUGCCUACCAUUUUACCAGCUCAACCUGGUGACCUGAUGAGCACUGUUGAUCCUCAGACUCUACCACCAGCAGAAUCACCACUUCCACCUCUCGAGGUUGACAACGUUGUCGAUCCACCGCUUCCUGCAGUCUCUAAUUCUAAAGAUGAACCAAGUGCUCAUCCUCCACCCACCAAACCUGCAUCCUCUUCAAGUUUCCGGGUAAAUAAGGUCAACAUUGGUCUCUCCCUGGUGGUAUACCUUGUGUUUGCUCUUCUCUUCACUGGCCAUUAA